ACGGAAUGCAGAAUUCAAUGCAAGUUUAGCGAUGGCAGCACUCUUAUUCAUCAUUUUCCAUCUUCAUCAUUAUUUUCGGAACUAAUUGAUUUUAUAGAACAGGUGGAUGGCAGAGUCUCUUCGGAUUUUCAGCUGAUUCAGAUAUAUCCAAGGCGAGAAUUUCCAGACUCAAGCAAAUCUUUCUUAGAACUUGGCCUAACUCCAUCUGCAACUAUAAUGGUUAUUGAGGUAAAAAUUGCUUGA